AUGGCGACCCAAUCGCCGACGGAGAAUACAAAGUUCAAAGUCAUCAUUGUUGGGGGAUCAAUUUCCGGGUUGACGUUGGCCCAUUGCCUCCAUCAAGCAAAUAUCGAUCAUGUUGUUUUGGAGAAAAAAGAAGAAAUUUCUCCUCAACAAGGCGCUUUUAUUGGUGUCUGGCCGAAUGGCGCCAGAAUUCUCGACCAACUCGGCCUUUACACAGACAUGGAGAAAUUGACAGCACCACUUCACAAAAUGAAUAUUUGUUAUCCGGAUGGCCACUCCUUUAGUAGUGCGCUACCCAAGAUUAUUCAUGAUAGGUUUGGAUAUCCUAUUGUUUCUUUAGAUCGUCAAAAGGUGUUGGAAAUACUGUAUGACAAAUAUCCCGCAAAGUCCAACGUUCUCGUCAAAAAGAGAGUUGCAGAGGUACAAUUGUUUGAUGAUGGAGGCCGCGUAAUUACUGACGAUGGAGCUGUCUACGACGGUCACCUCAUCGUCGGUGCUGACGGAAUCCAUAGCCGUAUACGCUCCGAGAUGUGGCGCCUAGCAGACGCACGCAGUCCAAAUAUAAUCUCACCACGUGAUAAGAAAAGUAUGACAGUCGAGUAUGCCUGUGUGUUUGGUAUUUCAUCCCCAAUACCAGGUCUGUUGACAGGAGAACAUGUCAAUUCUUAUUCCAAUGGAUCGUGUGUUAUCACCUUCCAUGGCAAGGAUGGCCGCGUGUUUUGGUUUAUUAUUGAAAAGCUAUCGCAGAAGUUUCUCUACCCCAACACACCUCGCUACUCAGCUAGUGAUGCAGCAGACUUUUGUGAUAGGCAUGCAUCAGUUAGAGUAUGGAAGAAUAUACAUGUGGCAGACUUAUGGAAAAAUAAGCUAUGUGCUUCCAUGACGGCAUUGGAAGAGGGUAUGUUGGAAACGUGGAGCUUUGAUCGUAUUGUUCUCUUCGGAGAUAGCAUCCACAAAAUGACUCCCAAUAUAGGUCAAGGAGCAAACACCGCGAUGGAAGACGCUGCUAUUCUUGCCUCGCUGUUGAAUCGGAUGUUGGACUCAAAUUCUGGUGCGAACUGUCCAAAGUCUAGGGAUAUUCAGAAUCUCCUCCAAGAGUUCCAGGCCUUGCGAUACAAUAGGGUCAAGGAUGUAUGCUCGAGAUCAUGGUUUGGAGCACGUCUUCAUACUAGAGAUGACUUCUUGAAGGCCUUCAUUGCAAUUGCAGGUGGACAACUGAUUGACUAUCUUCCCUCACCGAAGCGAUCAGGAGUUGGCUGGGUCGAAUACGCUGCCAACGGACAGCCCAAGGCCUACCAGCGCCGGUGGACCCUGGUCUGCAUAUCUUCUUUUCUUUUCUGUUCGCUUCUUUACCUAUGCCGAGUCUCUCUGAUCCCUGCUCUACCCAUCGUUGUCUGA